ACCGGGGCUAGCCAGCGCAUGGGAGACGCGACAGGGGCGCAGAGGCUUUGAUUACACAGCCAAUAAUAGCGUUGGCAAGUCGAGCCAGGGGCGACAUGACCAGGACCAGCUGCCCAAUCAGGCACUGGAGAGCCGGGCCUAGCCAGCGGACAAGGAUUGUGCCGGGAUUGCCAUCACCAUCUUCUCGUUAGCCCACAGGCGGUGUGUGUGGGUGGGCGAGAGGUCGAAGAAAGGGAAAUGGCUUGACCCAGCACUGUGGCGGACGGCACUAGCACGUCCUGCAGUGCAGAGACAGCGUGAACAGAGACGCCGGCAUGAGGAGCAGCAGCAGCAGCAGCAGCAGCGCCAUCGCCAUCGCCAUCGUCAUCCGUUGUCGCCCCGCGGCCAAGUACAUGCUUGUACAUAAGCUGGAGAGCCGAGAUCAGUUGCUCGUGCCUCGUACACGUAGGUACACUUGUCCGUGCUGGCCAUGCUCUAACAAACGGGAGGCCAGGACAAAUGCAGGCACAGACACAUUCAGAGUAGACCAGAUGAACGUUCCCCGGUUUCGGCUACCGGCGCGGCGGACACCGAGCCCACCUUGAGCGCCAGCCUGGUCGCGGUCAUUCAUCCUUCUGCUCUGAUAUGUUCAUAUUUGUGCGCUG